AUUCUCCACCACAUUUCAUGCAUCACCCCCUCUCUCUCUUUUUCUCGCUGUCACCUCCACACACCUAACACACAUGCUGUCACACAGUACAAAAGAACAUUAAGUUGCACAAGUCAGUUUCCUACAAUUGUACUGGCUGCACAAACUUAAUCUUCUGCUCACAACCUGGGAAACCAGCAACGCUGCGAGCGGUCUGCCAGCUUCCUGUCAGCCGAGACACCGCAGUACGACUUCUCAUACACAGUCAAACAAGAUAAAGACAGUACUUCCUGUCACAUCUCCAGGACCCUGAAUAUUCUUUUACAAAUGGAUCUCCUUCUGAUGAACCAUUAACAACUGCUUUGACACAAAAGGAGUUUGACUGCAAAAUUCUGACCCCAAGCCAGAAGGAUUUUUCUACUCAAGAAAGAAAAGUAUAAGGAGGCAUGGUUGAAGUGACCUACGAGUCGUCCACCGGGACUGUGCUGAUCCUUUUUGUCUGCCUAUUAGGCUUAAUAGUAUUGCUGGUCCUCUUGUACAAGAAGUUGAACAGGGACGCCAAUGGAGAAUAUACUGUGCGACGCAUGGUGUAUAAGGAUGGAGGGGUCAGGGAUCGUGUGAGAGGGACAGCGUUAGCUCUGGGGACACGUUUUGGGGUCCAACUGUGGCCUCAAAGUGAUGAUGACGGAGAAGAAAUGCAGGAAGUCCAAGUUGAGGAGGGACAGGUGGAAGACGGUGGUAGCCAGGAGAGUGACAGCGAGGGAGAUGAGGAGGACGAGGAGGAAAAUGAUGAGGAGCAGCGUGGUAUGGCGAAGGAAAAAGAUGGUGACACCUCAGAAGAUAACUCAAGUGUGGAGAGUUCUGAGGCAGAGGAGCAAGCCAGGCUAACGGGUCAGUCAGAGGCAAAGGGAGAGAUAGAGGAGAAAGGGGAUGAUGGGGAAGGUAAAGGGGAAGCAAGUGGAGGGGCUGGAUUGUUGGUAGAUCUAAAGCAGUUCUCUGGAAGUGCAAUCUGGUCUGAGGAAGAGGGAUGUGAGGGUAAGAACAGUGAUAUCACUGCACUGUGAGAACAGAAUUUAAAACAUUUAAUACAAGAGAGGCUUGGGAAAUUGUCCUUAGUAAUGUCCCAUAAUUAUCUGGUUAAAUAUAUUUUCUAUACAUUUUAUUUCCCAACAUAUAGGUUCUCUGUUAUAGGGAACAUCUCUUGGAUCCCUCUAAAAACAUCCACACAAGUGUUUAAUUGCUAAAAACCAAUAAAUUCCCCCUAAAAAGACACUGUAUACAUUGUCCUGGUGUGGUCUUAAUACCACUUACUUUUGAGGCAUCAGAUAGUAUAAAAGUUUACCUUUUAUAAAGUAAAACUAGUCUGAAACUUUGUAUUGUUGUGUCAGCCAAUAGCAUGCUGUGUACUUGUUUAUGUUUUUUUUUUUAUUGCUUUAAAUGUUUUUUCCUGAUUUUCAAAAAAAUAAAAAACAGAAACCCAUA